AUGGCAAAAUAUAAAACAGUGAUAAGAACUGAUGAACAAAAAAAGACAGACAGAAAUAAAGACAAAUAUUACAGAGCCAGAGGAUGGCUAGCUGACUGGUGGACAUGCUCGCAUUUUCAUAAAUCUAACAAUUAUCCAUUCGACUCCAAGCAUUCUUAUUUACAAUACAUUUUAAACAAAACCCAAUGUAACAAAGUUGUUCCAUGUGAGAAUGAAGUAUCAAUAAUUCCAAUCCCAACACUACUGCCACAUUGGAUAGGGUCAGAACCUAAUUUAAGAGAAGUAAAACGAACUCCAAUUCGACUUCCAAUAAAUCAAAAGUCUGGAAAAAAAAGGGGGAAUCCCACGUACCACAAACACCAGCAGCAAAUACGUGCAAAGCAAUCAAGAACCGCCGCGAACAAAUCAGGUGCGCACAUGCAAACCCAUGUCAGCCGCUCCCAGGCAAAAUGCGCUAUUUAUUACAAAUUCAAACAAAAAAUCGUCAAACUGAAGAAAGGAUUUUCAUGUAAAAUGUUGUAUAUAGUGCAAUCACUGGAAGUGAAGGAAGAGAUGAAGCGAGGUCGAUUGAAAAAGGCGAGAUUGGACGUCUUUCCCUUUAAAUUUAUUGGAAAAGCCGCUAACGCUUUAAAGAUUUGUUCUCCUCUUUCAUCCCUUCUCAUUGGCUACCACGGAGCAGAGAAAAUAAUUGCAAUGGGCGAGGCAGGACGUAUAGUUUGUCUGGCUACAGAGGAGAUAGCAGCUUUAAGAGAGGUCGAAAAGGAUGGAGGGACGUCCGCUUUUAAAGCUGAUGCGUCUUCAUUGUGGUUAAUUGCUUUUAUAAAAUAA